GUCUUUCCGCUUCUCGCUCGAAAUUGAUCCGUGGGGUCACAGAGCACUUUGUAUGACAAUUAGGGUGGAUGUUCAACUGGGUUUGAGUUGGGCUUUUUUGUGAUUGCGGGAAAAUCGCCAACGGAUUACGCGGCUCGCGAGACGCAGUAUUUUAUUGCUGAUCGAGGGCGCUGUUUCCGUUUUGCAGUCGGUUCCGGUGCAACAGAUACCUAUUCGAAGGGCUUAGACGUGCGGUUUUUAUGUGGCGACGUGAACCGGAAAGGGUUGAGUGCGUGUGUGCGUUUGAAUAGUUAAUGCCGAGUGCAUUGGGUACAAGUUAUGAUUAUUACUUUGCAGCACCAAAAUUUCCGAGGCUUUCAAUGUGCAGAUUGAGCCGGUUUUAUGCGCUGUGAUUUCCGAAAUUAACGAGUGCUCGUUGAUCGAACGACGACUGUGUCGAUGUUGGUAGCCGGCUGCAGCAAAGUACGUCAUCAAAUGGCUAUCGAUGCGAGGAAGAAAUCAUCCGGCGUAUUCAAAGUGGAAUAAAUCGACAUUGAACGGGUUGGGUGAAUGAGAGUCAGCCAAGAGGCAAGUUUGGUGAACUGUGUAUAAUUAAUCCUUAUUAUUAUCGUUCCGAAAGCCGCAUUUCUCCGAGUUCUGAAUUCGACCGUAGGAACCGGAAUUAUCCACCCCACAAGUGAAAAUCCUAUUGCGGUAACGGAGAAAGGCUAACAAAAGCAGCGGCAAAGCAACAAUCAGACUACAGAGCGCUUUCUAAAGGGAGGAGCCAAAACAGCAUUAAAUUAGGAAAAUUGGAUAAUUGAUGAGUGAGGUGGCACAACCUGGUCGUUCGAGCCAUGAACGGCUGAAAAUAAAGGUGAACGGACAGUCCGUGAAAUGAGCAUGACGACGACGACGGCGGCGACGACAACGAAGACCAAGACGAGCGAGUGCUGUAGCGUGUGGACAAAACGGAACGGUUACGGAUUUUAAAUUUGCAUUUUGGCCGGGAUUCGUCGAGAAUUGAUAGAGCGGAGAACUUUGAAUGCAGUUGUCGGGUCACGGUGCUCGGAGGCAAACGCGCAUACACUUAGAAAGCACAGAUGAUAAACACAUCUCAUCAAACCCACUCGACUCCUCAGCAAUUUAAAUCAAACUUACGUCACGUUUCCGAACCGUGAAUCAACCGGAAAAUAGCAUAAUUGUCCGUUGAUUAUUCGGACCUGAUUCGUAGAGAUCCCCGCUUCCCAACCGGAACAGUCCCGUGACGACACGCGGCAGCAAAUAUCGAAUAUUCCGGAAAGCCGAAGCCCACCACAGACAGCCAUCAUCGCCCAGUGCACCGAAUUGUGAUGAUUGUUGAAAGCUGCUGACACGCUAAUUGGUAUCGACAAAUUGUUGGAUCAACAACAAUUGUUUUGCUGUGCUUGCGUCUCUGUGACAGUUCAAUACACUAUUGGAUGGGCCGCAGGAUACAGUUCACCGGAUUCAGGAAGGGAGCAGGAAGUGGGUGAUUGCUAUUUGACAAACAAACAAUAACAUGAAAGGAACUAGUAGUGGCAUUGUCAUCGCCAACCAUGUUCGGCUCCAGGUCACGUUGAUUUUUUAAUAGAGCUCUCAACGUUUCAUCAACCACUCAGAAAACACGAUAUUGCAAAGAACAGAGGAUCCUUUGAGUGCGAAAGCUCUCGACAACUUCUCUGUGUUGUUAAUAAGGGAAAAACCAAUUCGAUAGGGGAUAAAAGUUAAUUAAAAAUGAUGUGCACGGAAGCAAAGAGAAUAUCGGAACGAUCCGGAACCGAAUCCGGCGGUGGUCAUCAACAUCAUCACCUUCACGGGAACCAUCUCCAUCACCAACUACUCCAACACCAGCAGCAGCAACAGCAGCGACAUCAGCAGCAGUCGACAGGCAACAUGCAUCGCACCCGUCUAUCAUCAUCAAAAGCAGUUCGGCCGAGUUUGUGGCGGAACGCCGCAAGUCAAAGGCUGACUGCGGUAGCCUGGCUGCUGAUUGCGCUGUGCGUCGUCAUACCAGUGAUAGACGCUCUGUUGGAUGUGCAGGUCACAGUGCCCCGAGCAGUUCGGAGAGGUGACAGUGCAGUGCUGUACUGCUAUUACGACAUGGGCGACGAGAAGCUGUACUCAGUCAAGUGGUACAAGGGCCGACGGGAGUUCUACCGGUACACACCGAAGGAGAACCCACCGAUGAAGGUGUUUGCCGUGCCCGGGGUCCAAGUUAAGCGUAUUUCGUCCAACGAGAGCCAGGUAAUGCUGAACUCGCUCAACAACCUAUCAUCCGGUAGGUACAGCUGCGAAGUGUCGGCGGAGGCUCCAUCUUUCCACACGAUGAUCGUCACAGGCGAUUUGGAAGUUUGCGAGGUUCCGAAGCACGUUCCGCUCAUCCAUGGAAUUCGCCAACGCUACCGGCUGGGAGAUAUCCUCAGGGGUAAUUGCUCGUCGGCGCACUCGCGACCUGCCGCCAAUCUGACGUGGUUCAUCAACGAACAACCGGUUAAUCCCUCACAUAUUCGCAACCAUAAGCCGUUUAGAGACCGCAACUCCGACCUGGAAACUUCAGCCAUUGGGCUGCAUUUUGUUGUGAGCAAUCAUCACUUCCAGCUCGGUAAGCUAAAGAUUCGCUGCACGGCCCGGAUCCACGACAUCUACCUCCAAUCCACGGAGAAGACCAUCUACGAGGAACGACCCCACGUCAUUUCGGCGGCCUCAUCCUCGUCCAACGGCAACGGCAAUGGCGUCAACCAGAUCCAUAACAUCCCCUACGAUCAGUUUUCGCUAGACAACGAAGUGGACCGAAAGGACUACAUGACGCACUUACAGGGGGACAUGUCAUCCUCGACGUCCGGCAGCGUGCCCUCGGCGACAAGAUCGGGGCCAUCAAUCAGCUCAUCCCGGUUCCUGGUGGCGAUGCUGACCGAGGCAACAGUGCUGCUAAUAGUUUUUCACCAUUUGCUCAAGUUCGGCACGAUUUCCAUAACAUGAUUCCGUGACGUGCAUUAGUGAUGUGAUUUCGGGUUUAACUUGCUGCUGUGUGUUAGAUUUUCUUUUCCUAUGGCGGGGUGUUGGACCUUGCUGGGUGCCGAAUUCGAGGGAAGACACAUGGUCGAUGAGAAGAAAGCAUCCAAGUUAUUUUUUUCCUUACUCGCUUUUUGGUUGAGUUUUAUUGCUCUUACAAGUCAGAGUAUGUCGGAAGUAAGUAAGCGUGAGUAUUAGGGUGCCACAUGCAAGAAAAUAUAUGUUGGAAAGGCCGUGGUGUUCAAACUCAAUCCAAACUUUGUUUGUUUUCAGAGUAUAGUGCGACAAGCACAAGCAAAUACUUCAGAACGUGUUUUACGAAGUUUGACAAAACUGCCCUUUAAAAUAAAUGCAAUUUGUGCUAUACUUCUUUUCCUCACCUUUCAUCUUACAAUUGUGUAAAUAGUAACCUACUGCAAGAAAAAAGAAACUAAAAAAAUGUCGAUGACCUUCUGAAACUACCCAAUUACUUAUUGGCAGUAGUUUCGUGUCCGUAUUUCUAAGAAAAACAUUGAACUGUGUGUGUAAAUAUUGGAAAAGCGUGGAGUCACGUGGUCAUAUUUUUCGGAUUGUGGUUUUUGAUGUGAACAAUUUUGAAAAAAAAAUCUUUGGAGCAGUUAGGCCGAGAAAACAAAAAAACGUUUUUUAGCUGUCUCCAUAUAGAAAACAAUAUAUGAAGAAUUAUUUUAGGGGCCUCUAAAAAUAACGACAAGCUUUCUACUGGAUAGUUUGGUAAACGUGAUGAUUUGUACUAUAUUUGUUGAAAUGUGCAAUACAUAAUAUUGUGACUAUGAGAUGUUUAAAAUGUCAAAAGAGAAAAAUUUGAGAAACAUAGAAUAAUCUAAUCUUAUCGGAAAUGUUAACAGUACAUGGAUAAAAAUAUUACCCAAUUCGUUUUUUUUUUGUAAAUUAACUUGUAUAUACAUGAGAUUGAGCACCACGUUAUUCCAAUUUGGAAUACCCUAGACAAGAAACAGUAAAGGGAAAAACAGAACCGGAAAAUAACCCAACCCACUUGUAUGUUUCGCCUGUUGGAAUCGGAAGAAUGGCUGUCGAGUCGAGGUUCGAAUAUUAGGGAGGGGCCAGCGGCAGCGAGGUAGAUAAGCAGCUGCACGGGAUGAAAGCGCGCGUGAUGAAGGUGUUAAUGAUAGCGACGACGCUGAUUAAUGGUUUGUUUUUUGGGCAAUGCGUGGGAACUACUACGGUGUUAUGUGAGUGGAAUUUCAGACAGAACUCGAGGAUUAAAGUGACAGUUGGAGAUUGAAGAAAGGAAAAAAAUGAAAUCGAAUCACAGAUCAACACAAACAAUAAAUUAGAGCGGGCCUCAUUGAAUUAUUAAAGUCGGGGAGAUAUUUGAUGCAAAAUAAUAAGAAUGGCUAGAACAAUUUUACGAUGUUUCGGGCGUUGCGGUAUUUGUAACAAAAUACUUCAUGGUAUUCUAAAUAUUUUUUCAUCAUCAUUUCAUCAUUUUCACAGUUUGCUUUAUUUAUGAAGUUUGUUUCAAUGUUUAAUAUAAAAUUUUAAGCAACAACUGUUUCAAAAUUGUUGUGUAGCGUAAAACAUCUUUUGAUAUCUAGAAGUAUUAGAGAUAUGUCAUUUGUUAUUUUCUUCAUAUGUGAAUCAAUAACAAGGGCCCUCCUUAGCCGGGCGGUAAGACGCGCGGCUACAAAGCAAGACCAUGCUGAGGGUGGCUGGGUUCGAUUCCCGGUGCCGGUCUAGGCAGUUUUCGGAUUGGAAAUUGUCUCGACUUCCCUGGGCAUAAAAGUAUCAUUGUGUUAGCCUCAUGAUAUACGAAUGCAAAAAUGGUAACUUGGCUUAGAAACCUCGCAGUUAAUAACUGUGGAAGUGCUUAAUGAACACUAAGCUGCGAGGCGGCUCUGUCCCAGUGUGGGGAUAUGAUGUGCCAAUAAGAAGAAGAUGAAUCAAUAACGUUUAUCGUUUUGCAAAUAGUCUAUCGACUAUCACUGAAACUUAGCGGCGAUAUCGCAUCCGCUCAGCACAUGUCAAUGUGUGUCACGCGAAUAACUUCUUCUUCUUUUUGGCUCUAUAUUUCAGCUGUAACUUGGCCUGAUUUUCAACUAAGUAUUCUAUUUUUUUUUUUAUUCUUUAUUAAAGUGUUUUUUUAAUUUUAAAAUUAAGUUCAACACUAAAGUAUUCUAUUAGUAUUUACACAGUUAUUGAUUGAAAGCUUUCUAUGCCCGCCAAUGCAUGCGUGUGGCAAGUACAAUGAAUACAUUAUGCCCAGGGAGUCAAGAAGGUUUCCCACCCGGAAAUAUCCUGGACCGAUCCGAGAAUCGAACUCGUCGUCUCCGGGUUGGCAAUCCUACGCCUUUGCAAAGGCUAACUGGAAACCGAAGAAAAAUUGGAGGAAGUCUUCGUUAUUCGAUGUCGCCAUGACGAUUUGGUUGGACGACGAAAGCUAACGUCGUGCGCGUCAUUGACGAUGCGUCGAGUAGCAAUGAAGACAAUACAACUCGUCGCUACUGUGGCUUUUUGUGAUAAGAAGAUGACUAUUGUCAGAGCUCCUCCCUGCUUCCUAGAAUAGCUACAUUAGCUACAUACCGAACAUUGGCAAUGAAUUCCAGAUGGGAAUGCGAUAGACGAAUGAAGUAUGUUUUCAGUUUUGCUAAGCUUUUCGUUGGAGAAGGUUAUGGUGUGGAGUUGCUGCUGUUCGUCUACCUCAGCGGCUCUCAACCUGGGGUACAUGUAUCUUCGCUGGCCUCAUGGGGUACCUCGGACAAGAACACGCAAUGGCGGAUGUAUUACAAUUCCAAUGAAAACUUAUUUCUACAGUGUUGAUAAUUAUAUAGUUUUCGAUUCUAAAACUUUGUACUGUAAAUAAUACGCAUGGAGAUCAGUAAAUCAAAGACUUUUAAAUCCUGCCCAGCCUAAACAGCACAGUGUAUGAAGGGCUGGGGGACAAAAGAUCAGAAGGACAAAACAUCCAAUAAACCAAUUAAAAAAAUAUUCAUUGUAAAAAUAUUGAAAAUUUUUUUAAGAAUAUACUUUUUAACAAAAAAUUGGAAUUCAAGUUUUGAAAGCCUCCAUUUGAGAGACAUAGAGGCCUGUUCGAAAAGCACAGUAGCUUCAUUGCAAGAGGCUUAGAAGCCUCAUUCAAAGUAUCAUGCAGCUCGAAAGUUCCAAAAGGCUUCGAAGUCUCUUUUCAAGAGGCUCCAAUGGCUCCAUUCAAAAUGAUCAGAAACCUCCUUUAAAGAGGCUCGGAACCCUCUUUUUAAAAAAAAAACCUGAAGCCUCCUUUGAAGAGGCUAGGAAGCUUCUUUUCAAGAGGAUUGGAAACUUCCUUUCAAAAUGCUCGGAAGCAUUUUUUCAAGAGGCUUGGAUUCCUCCUUCAAAGAGGCUGGGAAGCCUUCUUUCAAAAGGCUCAGAAGCCUCUUUUCAAGAGGUUCGGAAGCCUCAUUUGAAGAGGCUCGCAGGCCUCAUUUCAAGAGGCUCGACAGUCUCCUUCCAAGAGGUUCGGAAGGCCUCUUUUCAAGAUGUCUCAUUUGAAGAAGCUUGGCGUCAUUUGAAAACACUUGGAAACACUUCUUUCCAGAGGCUUGGAAGGUUUCUUUCAAAAGGCUUGGAAGCCUCUUUUCAUGAGAUUUGGAAGCCUCAUUUGAAGAAGCUCGGAAGCCUCAUUUGAAGAAGCUCGGAAGCCUCAUUUGAAGAGGCUCGGAAGCCUCCUUUCAAGAGGUUCGGAAGCACCCUUUCAAGAGGU